AUGUCAGUGGACCCAGCGGUGUGCCACUCGGUGAUUCGUCGAGUGUGUUGCCUGGCCCUGGCCUCGGCAGCAGAGGCACCUGAUUCGGGCUUUGGCUCGGCCAGUGAUGUCGUUGUGGAGGAGCGGGCUCUGGACCUCAUGGCUACCGUUGUUGAAAGGUACAUCGCAGAGACCAUAGGAGCAUCAGCCUCUGCUCUUGCCACGGCCAGCAACCGUCAUGAGAUUGGUGAGGUUGGCCGUGUCCUCUUCCUUCUCGGCAUCUUUGGUCCCCCAGGCCUUAUGGACGUUAUAGCGGUAUCCAACUUCUCACGAUGCAACACGGCUGAGAUGUCGGGGGCGAUAGGUCGACGGCAGAAACGUAAGUGCCAAAUUCAGUUGAUCAACCCGGCAGGGAGCGCGGCUAAUAAGAGGCCUAAUCGCGAGGGGCUCCUACAGUGCCCCCAACUGACUGGGGAUGAGAUCACUCGAUCGUUGCUGUGUUCUUCUGGUGGACUGUUACCACAGGGGCUGCCCCACUCUACAAUGCCGACUCUCAAGCCGGAAGACACCUACCAACCCUCUAUGGGCAGCAAGGCGUCCAAUGGUCAGGAGGAGGGUGUUGGGCCUAUGGUCCCUGCUCACUUCCCUCGAUGGUUGAACCGCGAGAUAGUCAACGGUUACACCGAACUACAGAAGAAUGUUGCGGCUGGGAAGCUGCAACCGGAAAAGAAAGCCGUGGAUGAGAAUGAGAAGUUGAACGAGGCUAAGGCCUUCACGGCGGCCGUUCGAGGAAAGACCGAGGAGAAGGCUGAUACUAGUGGCAGUGGAGAGGAGGGUCAGCAAGAGUCCGUCAAGGAGGAGGCGCCCGGGCAGGCGGCCACAAAACGCACUAGUGGCGUUGGGCGUAUUCGUAUAGCAAGAUGA